GAAGCGGCCAGCCACCGAGUUUGCAAUUUGCAAAGAGAUGGUUUCACAGGCAACGGGUCAUUCCCAGUUUUGUUUUUGCCAGGAUUUUAUUUGCACCAGCCACAACAACCGUGGGCGCUUUUCUCUCUCUCUGUCGCCUCAGGCAUUUUCCUCAAACUUUGUUGCAUUUCUGCAGCGGGGGAGAGAGGUAUUUUUUUGAGGAAGGAUGGACGACGGCAAACUGCCUAGCCUGACAGACUAUCGCCGCUAUUCGCUUCACUUAAAAAAUCCCAAAAGAAACGUCUUCGUCACGCAGCUUGGGGACCAAAGGUAUGACGAUGAAGACGUUAAUUACAUUCCAAUAAUCAGACAGGCAGCUGAUGAGAUUCUUGCAAGUGACAGUAAAACACCUCAGACAACUUUGGUGCUGAAGAAAGAAGUAGAAGUUGACCAAGUUAAUGCAGAACUCGCAGCUAAAAGGCAAGAAUUUGUUCAACGCAUGGAAGCUAUUAGCCAGCGGACGGUGGAAUUUGAAAGAAAGGAGCAGGUGUUUAGAGAAAGAACCCUGAAGUUUGACAAAUUCCUCAGAGACAAUGAGGCAAAGCGGUGUCGUGCUAUUAAAAAAUAUCAUUUUGAAUUGAAGGAAAAUGAAGUGAAAAGGAAGGAGUUACAAAAUCUACUUCAUCAAUUUGAAGAAAUGAAAGUCAGACAAAGGAGACUGCAAAGGAAUGUGUCAAAAUACAAAGUGUUUGAAGAUUAUCUCCUGAAAGUAAUUGAUAAUUUGCCUGAAAACUACUUGGAGUUCAGCUCAGAAUCUAUGGUGAUGAGUAUCAUUCGAAAACACGAAACCCUUGGAGCCACCAGUGAGGCUUUGAUAAAUAAUCUCAGCAGGUUGUCAGAUGAGAUGGAACAAUGCCAGCGUGACUUGGAAAGUCUGCGUCAAGAAUAUGACACCACAAAAUUGAUGAUUAAUAGUCAACUCUCGGUCCGUCAAAUGGAAUGCGAUGAAGUAAAGGAGAGGAAUAAACGGAUAGAAAUGAAAAUAAAUCUACAACGUGGCAAUUUUGUUCAUAAGAGUGAAGGGUUUGGUGCCCUCUUAUUGGCUAUUAAUAAUCUGGCAGAUCAAUGCUACAUGAGACAUUAUGGAAUAUUUGAAGAAAUUGACAUUUUAACAAAGCUGGACAUGGUGAAGCCAGGAGUGGCAGCAGAAACGGUGCUGCUGAAAUUCAAUGGUGACGGACUCAAGGACUCGGCAAAGAAAAACCUACUUAGUCGCUGCCUUACCAGCAGGAUCCACAGAAUGUCCAUGGUGCGUAGUCAGCCCUUUAAUCCAUCGUAA